AGCAAAGCAGUCAUAUCCUCGAUGCCUUGUGACUGCGCGACUCCUUGGGGUCGGAUGAUUCCUCGGCGCCUUCGACCCUGUAUAAACCGGGAAUUCUUGAUCACUGCACUGGCCACUCUUCGUUGCAUCCUACAAAGUAUCCUUUCUAUCGUCACGUGCAAUUCAGAAGCAGAGCCUCAACAAUCUGCUCCCGACACCCCAACAUUUGAUCCCGGUCAACCCUCCCUGCCUAUUUCUUAUCCAAUCAAAACGCUUCACGAGCUGGAGUCCCGGUCCUAUUUUAACUCCUUUCACUACCCUUUUAACAAAGCUUCCGUCCCCAUCCGAAGUCUUGGCUCUUCUUCUUCAUUGCCCCUCAGGCGCAGAUUGCUCGUGUGCCAUGAUAUGGCCGGGGGUUAUACUGAUGAUAAGUGGGUUCAGGGUGGCACUAACGCCGAUGCCUAUGCCAUAUGGCACUGGCACUUGAUAGAUGUGUUUGUGUACUUUUCUCAUAGUCUAGUUACUCUUCCUCCUCCUUGUUGGACAAACACAGGUCAUCGUCAUGGCGUUAAGGUGCUGGGAACUUUCAUCACGGAAUGGGAUGAGGGAAAAGCGGUCUGUAAUGAGAUGCUUGCAACUAAGGAGUCUGCACAAAUGUAUGCAGAGCGUUUGGCAGAGCUUGCUGCUGCUUUAGGCUUUGAUGGGUGGCUGGUAAACAUGGAGGUGAAAUUGGACGUGGGUCAAAUUGAAAUUUUGAAGGAGUUUGUCAAACAUUUAACGUUGAUAAUGCAUUCUUCAGUGCCUGGAUCAUUAGUAAUAUGGUAUGACAGUGUUACAAUCAAUGGUAUCUUAGAGUGGCAGGAUAAGUUAGAUGAAUACAAUAAGCCUUUCUUUGAUAUAUGCGAUGGAAUUUUUGUAAACUAUACGUGGAAGGAAGACUAUCCAAGGCUCUCUGCCGAUGUUGCUGGUGACAGAAAAUUUGAUGUGUACAUGGGAAUUGAUGUAUUUGGAAGGAACACAUACGGUGGUGGACAGUGGAAUGCAAAUGUUGCUCUUGAUGUGCUAAGAAAGGAGGAUGUCUCAGCUGCAGUAUUUGCUCCUGGGUGGGUCUAUGAGACUAAGCAACCACCAGAUUUUCAGACUAGUCAAAAUCGUUGGUGGGGUCUUUUGGAGAAAUCAUGGGGCGUACUACGAAACUACUCUGGAAUACUGCCAUUCUUCACAAACUUUGAUCAGGGACGUGGUUAUCAUAUUUCAAUUGACGGAGACACAGUGUAUGAUGCUGCUUGGUGCAACAUUUCUUCUCAAGGUUUACAGCCGUUCCUUGAGUUUGCUGGUGUCACUCCAAAUGCUUCUAUUCAAGCCUUUGUUGACUUUAAGGAAGCAUCCUAUAGUGGAGGGGGGAACAUUACAUUUAAAGGAUCUCUCGAGGGACAAACUUAUUUCCAGAAGAGAAUUUUUCAGGGGCAGUUUCCUGUGGGGGAGUCACCUAUCCACAUAUUAUAUUCUGUGAAAUCUGAUAGCAAUUCUUCAUUGGGACUUGUGCUUGAGUUCACUUCCAUUGCAAACGAAAGAACUUCAGUACUCCUUACAUCCCCGCAAAUGAAUCAGCUCUCAAGCAAAUUCGACAAAGCACUCACGACGCAUGAACUCAGGGGACUUUCCCCUCAAUGGGUUGUACAUGAAGGCACAAUCACCAUGACUGGGUACGUGUUGACAGCAAUCCAUGCAGUGUGCUACAGAUCAGAGCCUCCGUAUAAUAUGCCAAGACUUAAGUCCAGAUCAUAUGGCCCUGAUAGCAGGGUGGGUUCUUCAACGGACUAUUUUGCGGUUCUUGGUCACAUUACAAUCAAGACUUCUGCUCAUAACUCAGAUUUUCCCAUCUCUACUUCGUGGCUAGUUAGUGGUGAAUACAUCAAAUGGAUAUCAGAUUCCGAGGGUUCAAAGGCCCUUAGUCUCAAACUUCUCUGGAACCUGAAAGAUGGUGAUAAUUACGUGUUCCUUAACUACAAAGUGUAUGUCGAGAAACUAUCAGAACAAACAGAACGUGUGCCAAUGCCAGAGUACCUUGGAAUUGCACAAGUGAAUUGCUUCUACGUUGCUGACCUCAAAAUUCCUGCUGUCAUUUCCCGUGUCAGAUUUAUUAUACAAGUUUGUAGUGAUGACGGUACCAAUCAGAAGCUGGAUGAUUCUCCAUAUUAUGAAUUGCAUGUUGAAAAUGCUUAAAUGUUCAUUUUUAAUGUAACAUCACUUCUCCUUCAUAGGAAGACUCUAUUGUAAAAUGUGAGGUUGGAGAGGGCAUCUACUUGUUAAACUUAUGCUGCAAAAAUUAAUGAAACUUCAUUCUAACGGUACAAGUGAAGUGCCCUUUU